AUGGCUCAAGCGUCGAGCUCUUUCUCCAUUGUUCUUUUGUUCCUCGCACUAGUAUUUGUGGUUGAGGUUUCUGCUGGAAGCGCAAAUGGAGAGCUUUACAAACCUGCUGGUGCAGAAGGCUCUGUCCCCAUAGAACAAUGUCCAGACAAAUGUGACUACCGGUGCUCGGCUACAGCAUACAAGAAGCCAUGCCUUUUCUUCUGCAACUAUUGCUGCCAGAAGUGCCUGUGUGUCCCAUCUGGUACAUACGGCAACAAGGAAGAGUGCCCGUGCUACGACAACCUGAAGACCAAGGAAGGCGGCCCCAAAUGCCCGUAA